CCAUUUCAGUCAAUUUUCCCUCCUAAGAAAGAGAUUGUUGGUCGACCUUUUAGCACAUAAUAAUAAGGUGAAACCAUCGCCAUUGUUGACCCAAGAUCAGAUCACAAUGGAAGGAGAAAUCAACAAUUUCAUUGUGGUAUGGAGUACUGUCUUGGCCUGUUUGUGUUACUGCCAUUUUAUUGGUAAUCUCUUCCCAAAACCCAAUUUUGGGAGACUUUCCGGCGUUCUUCCGGUGGCCGGUGUCUUCUUUCUUCUUCCUCUCAAUCUCACCUCUUCAAAUCUGGGCGGCGGCACCGCUUUCUUGAUUGGGUGGCUGGGGAGCUUCAAGCUUCUUCUUUUUGCGUUUGGGAGUGGGCCUUUGUGUUCUUCCCCGCCGCUGCCGCUGUCCAGAUUCGUGGCAUUAGCUUGCUUGCCGAUCAAGUUUCAAGAAUGUAGUGAGAGAUCGCCGGAGAAGAAGAGCGGCGGCAAGUCGCCGGUGAAUUAUCUGACGAAGUUGGUUUUGCUGGGAACGUUGUUUCGUGUGUACACUUACGAGGGUGUUCCUCCCAAGCUGUUGAUGCUGUUCUACUGCUGCCAUAUCUACUUCGUCUUGGACCUCUGGUUGACGGCGGUGAGCGCGGCGGUCCGGGCGGUGGCCGGAGUGGAGCUGGAGCCGCCGUUCGACGACCCGCAUUUGGCCACCUCGCUGCAGGAUUUCUGGGGCCGGAGGUGGAAUCUCAUGGUGACCAACAUCCUCCGCCCCGCCGUGUACGACCCAAUCCGGGCGGCCGCCGCCCGGCUCCUGCCGCGGAAGUGGGCGGCGCUCCCGGCGGUGGUGGCGACGUUCUUGGUCUCCGGGAUCAUGCACGAGCUCGUGUUCUACAAUAUUGGGAGGGUGAAGCCCACCGGAGAAGUCAUGUGCUUCUUCCUCAUCCAUGGAGUUUGUUUGGCUAUGGAGAUUGGCGCCAAGAAAGCCAUUAAUGGAAGGUUUAGGCUGCCGGGAAUCGUUUCAGGUCCACUGUCACUCUCCUUUGUCAUUCUCACCAGUUUUUGGCUUUUCUUUCCUCCAUUUUUGAGGAACAAACCAGAUGUCAAAGCAUGCACAGAGGUUCUUGCCUUUAUUGAGUUUGUUAAGCAUAAAAAAUUAGUUAGUCCAAGCAAUAUUACUUGUCCAUAUCUAUAGAGUAAGCCUCAUCUCGUGUGAGACUGUAUUACGUGAGAUAUGUUAUACUUUUUAGUUAAAAUGUAAUACUUUUCUAU